AAAAACGGGGAAAGGUCUGUAGAGAAAACGAGAGAACUCGAGGGAGAGACUCGCUUCCGCGCCGAGCUCGCUGUCGGACUCGGGCAGGAAAGAGAGUGUAGCGACAAAGCGCAUGCACAGAAGACAACGCGCAGCUGCCGCUGAACUUUUUUUCGGACGUUUUCUCUGGAAAAACGGUGCUCUUGCUGCUGGCCUCCUUCUCGGACGCCUUGGAACGCCGCCAAACCUCUGACGCCUCUCUCCUUUCUCAAUCCGCCGGCGUCCACUUCCCUCGUGCCCACACCGUUUUUUCUCGCGUUCGUCCUUCGCUGUCUUCCUCCUUUCUGGCGCGGUCGAAAAAACUAUCCCCCGCCUUCUGUCCUCUUCGGAAGCGUUCCAUCCCCCUCACCUUGCCGAUUUGCCUUCUUCUUCUCGUCGCGCGCCGUUCUCCGCGCUUCUGUCGCCUGCAGCUCGUUCGCCGCCUUCGCAGAGCGAAGGCGUCACAACGUCCUCUGUCUCUGGACUGCAGACGCCGCGGCGGCGAGGAGGCUGGCGCUGCUCGAAAAGACAUGUCUCGUUACUAGAGUCGUUCAGGAAGGUCGCGACCUGUGCGUCUGCGGGGGAACUUUGGCCUUCCCGCGCCUCCGCCUCGGACGUCUGUGCUGAGAACCAGCUUCCCCAACUCUGGAAAGAAUCGCGAAAAAAAUGGAGGACUUGAUCUUCCACAUGUUCUUCGUUGUUCCCCUCACGCGAUGGGUCACCAGUCCAGAACGGUCGUGGAACAAAAGGUCGAACAGAAAUGGCAUCUUCUUGGCGGUGCUCGCUCUCUUCUGUAUCGGCGUCAUCCAGUCUGGUCGAGAUGGGGAAAACUACUUUGAAACCUUGAACGUUCCUCCCAACGCCUCUCCGAAAGUCGUCGCCGGCGCCUAUCGUAAACUGUCGCUCCAGUAUCACCCGGACAAGAAUCCACAUCCGGACGCCAAGGAAAUCUUUGAAAAAAUUCGAGAGGCGCAAGAGGUACUGGGAAACGAGAAGCGGAGGAACUCUUACUGUCGAUUCGGAGACUACAGCAAAGAUGGAGAUGUCGACGAAGAUCAAUUUUACGACAUCCUCUUUGUCGCCGUUCUUCAGUUCCUUGUGCCUUUCCUCUUCGCCUACUUGUACACCUACGGCGACGACUCUGUUCAGUCGAGGAAGAUCUUCGGAUGUUACGCGGCGAUGAAUUUCUCGCUGGAGCUGCUGUUGCGUUUCGACGAGUCUGCCCUGGAGAUUCUCUCCUUCCUCCCGGCCGUGGGGACUUUGCUGCCUUUCGAAAAAGUUCGCAUUCUUCACACAUGGAUGCCCAUCGUCCUCAACGGUCUCCUCUUGCUCGGCUCCGAGCUCGCCGACGUCGAAGACGACCUUCUCGACGAGACCUCUCGCCGAGUUCUGGACUCGAAUAUCGACGCUCUGUCCUGCAUGGAGAAAUUCCUGCAUGCAGCCGAAAUGUACAUUCUCAAGGCGGGGAAACUCGAGAUCGAGAGCAAGUGGGUGAAGGCGGACGCGGCGGCAGACUCGCACCCCACCGAGGAAGAGAGUCACCUCAUCUCGGCCUUCCGUUCGCUCCGCGCGGCCGGAUCGGGGUCGACUGUCUCCUCCGUUCCCUCGGUCUCCUCUGGCGAGAAGACAGGCGAAGAGAAGUCGGCUGAGAAAGAGCGAGAGAUUCGAGCGCGACUCGCCGCGCUGGGGUACACUGAAACUCGGCACUAUGUGAAGCCGUGGAGACUGAAUCCUGCUGUUGUUUCCGAGGAGUCUCCUGACUUGUGGGCUGCUGUGAUGAAGGAAGAGGUGAAGAACUGGCCUGAAGACCUCACGAUGGACGACCUCGCGAAGAGGGAAGGAUGCACUGAACGCGGCUGGGAUCCUCAUCACGAGGCAAUCGCGAAGCUCCUCGAUGAGGCGGACGAAGAGGAUGAGAAGACCGGCCGGGGCAUCUCUGUGGGGACGAUUAUUUUCUUCGCUUCUCUCUUUCUUCGCUGGUACACUGGCGGGAGUUAGAGCACCCUUCGACGCAGAGCUUCCUCGCGCCUCGCGGACACAACGACACCGCUAUCUCCCUGUCUGUAUAUGUAUGUAUAUAUAUAUAUAUAUGUACGUAUAUUUAUGUGUGCACGAUUCAUGCGUAUCUAUAGAUCUGCAUGUUUAUACACCAUCGGUCUGUGUAUAGAGAGAUAGCUAGAAAAAUAACUAUGUCUACGCUGUUCACCCAUGUAUCUAUCUAUCUAUCUAUAUAUAUAUAUAUAUAUAUUCAAACCUCUAUCUUCACUUCUUAAGUGCAUGAAUUUAUUCGACGCACACGGACAUGCAUAUAUAUAUAUAUAUGUAUAUAUAUAUAUGUAUAUAUAUAUAUAUGUAUAGGUAUAUAUACAACUGUAGAUAUGUCGAUUUGUUUGCAGUGUAGAUUUCGCGUCGCGCAUGCAUCUCGAUCCGUGCGUGGAUGCUGGCAGGUGUCAGUUUUUAUCUUUUCUCGCCGAUUUUUCUCGCGCGUCCUGUUGCGCCGUUUUUGCCAUUCUUUGCUGCCUCGAGGGACGUUCUGCUCCAGUCCAGAGGGGCACAGAACCUCAAUUUGAAUUUCGCCUCAAAUUCUCGCACAGCGCC